AUGAAACAACAUUUAUUAAAAAUAAUAGUCUUGAUGGGAUUUUGGGCUACUAGCAAUUCAAGUGGAUUUAUAUUUUCCCAAGGAAGCAACAACGAGCAAGCAUUAUUUCAUCAAAAAAUUUGUGAAGUGGUUAACAACAGAAAUGCUUUAGUUAAUAUUGUGUAUAGAAUUAAACUGGAAGCGGAAGUGUUAACUUCCUCAAUUUUUGAACUAAACGAUCAAAAUAAUUGGGAUCAAUUUUAUCGCUGUGUGGCCCAAAAGCCAGUAGUGAUACGCGACAUGGAUAACUUCCAAAUAGAACCUUUACGUUCGCGCUGCAGCUUGAGUAUAUAUUUCAUAGACUCCUAUCGUUCAAUGAGAAAAGUGGCGGCGUUUUUAAAUCCCAAACAAAGAUGGAAACCUGGUCAUCAUUAUUUAUUUAUAUGGCUAUUGGAUGAUAUCUCUGCCUUGAGGAGAUUUUUUGAAAAAGUCUGGUUUAAAAAUAUUCUACAUGCAGUGGCGGCCAUAGUAAAUUCACAAGAAUUGUACACCUUUGAACCCUUUACACCUCAGGGUUUUCAAUUGAAAGUUGUCCACAAACAGCCCUACUUUUAUGAUAAAUUGAAAAACUUUUAUCACUUUGAAUUACGCAUUAGUAUGUUUAAGGAUAGUGUGAGGGCCAUACCCUUGGAGGGUGCUGCUAAGCAGGGCUACAAGAGAGUAGAUGGCUGGGUGGCUCGAACAUUGGUGGAACGUUUAAAUGCCUCGGCUCGUUAUAUAGCACCCACCGACAGUGAAACUUAUGGCGCCUUGUUGAAUGGCACCUUUACCGGCUCUUUAAAGGAUAUACAUUCCGGUCUUACACACAUUGGCUUUAAUUUUCGCUACACUUUGGACCAUGUCAAACCCCACAUAGAGGAACUAUAUCCCUAUAAGAAACGUCUGUUGUAUCUAGUAGUGCCGGCAGCUGAAAUGAGACCAGAAUAUUUGAUAUUUGCCAAUGCCUUCACCUAUCCCUUGUGGCGUUUGCUGUUAAUAAAUUUCUUUUUAAUUCUAAUGGUUUUCAUAAUUCUUCAAAAACUAGUGGAACGUUUACCCAAUCACAAUCUGGAAAAUUCACCCAAACAUUGGCGCUGGUAUGAAAUUGUGGAAAUAUUUAUGAAAACCCAACUUGGUGAACCGGUAGAGGGUUUCUCACGCAUCAGUUCGUUGAGACAAUUUUUAAUAACUUGGAUUCUCUUUAGUUACGUUUUGACCAGUGUAUAUUUUGCCAAAUUAGAGAGCAGUUUUGUACAACCCAUCUUUGAGCCGGAAUUGGAUAAUCUACAAGACUUGGAUAAAUUAAAAGCUCCCAUAUAUGCUUUUGAUGUGGUGUUUCAGGCCAUCAAGGUAUCACUGGAUCCCAAAUAUUAUGAAAUCAUUAGUAAAAAUGGCAUACGUGUACCGCGCAAUAUAAGUGCCGAUGAUUUUUCGUAUUCACUGGCCAAGAAAUAUAAAAAUGUGGCCAUUAUUCUGCACGGUGAAUUGGCCAAAGAGGUAUUGGCUCAUACCUACAAUGAUGAAACUAAACGUCCUGCUUUUCACAUAGUCAAGGAGUAUUUACGUUCGCUGACCUCUUCGUAUGUGCUCACCAAGGGAUCUCCUUUCAUCCAUAAGUUUCAGACAAUUGUUAGCUCUUUUUAUGAGCACGGCUUCAUAAAUCACUGGCUUGAGGUGGAUGCUCAACAGAAGAACUAUUUACAUCGUUCAACGGAAUUUCUUCAGGACUUGGAAGAGGAUUUCGAUUGGCUGGAUAAUGAUGAUGUGGGUGCUACUUUGCCGACAGCAAUGCAGCGUAAAAAGAAAGUUGUGCUAAAUAUGGAAAUUUUACAGGGGGCCUUUUAUUUAUGGUUUGCUGGAAUUUGUGUCAGUUUGUUGGGUUUUGGUAUUGAGUUUGUUUAUUGUUGGCAUAAGAGGAGGAAGGUGAAUGUUGAACUAAUGGAGGUUUCGUGGGUAAUUGAGUGA